CUCUCCCCCCGCCCCUCCGCACUGUCACACUCUCCCGGCCCCCCGCGCUCGCUCCUCAUUUGCCUGCUCAGCCCCGAGCGCAGCUCGGCGGCUCCCGGAGGAGCCCCGAGUCCGGAUCCCGCGCGCCCGGAGCACCUGGAGUCCGGCGGGCGGCGGCCCCGAGCCCCAGCGGCGGCGGCGGCGGCGGCGGCGGCGGGCGCGGGUAGCGCCGGAACCCGGGGGGCAGCGGCCGCCGCCGAGAUGUCCCGGCGCAAGCAGAGCAAACCCCGGCAGAUCAAACGGCCGCUAGAAGAUGCCAUUGAAGAGGAAGAGGAAGAGCAUCCAUCCGAGGAAACUGACCUCAUCUCAAAGGGGGACUUUCCAUUGGAGGAAAGCUUUUCCACAGAAUUUGGGCCUGAGAAUCUGAGCUGUGAAGAAGUGGAAUACUUUUGUAACAAAGGUGAUGAUGAAGGAGCCCAGGACACAGCCGAAUCGGAUGGGGACACACAGCUCGAGAAACCAGCACAGCCUGGAGUAGUUGAGACCGAUGACUGGGAUGGACCAGGAGAGCUGGAAGUGUUUCAGAAAGAUGGGGAACGCAAAAUUCAGAGUCGGCAGCAGCUUCCUGUGGGAACAACGUGGGGACCCUUCUCUGGGAAGAUGGACCUGAAUAAUAAUUCUUUGAAGACAAAGGCUCAGGUCCCAAUGGUGCUCACUGCUGGUCCCAAGUGGCUCUUGGAUGUGACUUGGCAAGGAGUGGAAGACAACAAAAACAACUGCAUUGUGUACAGCAAAGGAGGUCAGCUUUGGUGCACAACCACGAAGACCAUCUCGGAGGGUGAAGAGCUAAUUGCCUUUGUGGUGGAUUUUGACUCAAGGCUACAAGCUGCCAGUCAGAUGACUCUUACAGAAGGGAUGUACCCUGCGCGCCUGCUGGACUCAAUUCAGCUGCUUCCGCAGCAAGCUGCCAUGGCUUCUAUUUUGCCUACAGCUAUUGUCAAUAAAGAUAUAUUCCCUUGCAAAUCUUGUGGCAUCUGGUAUAGGAGUGAGCGGAAUCUGCAAGCCCACUUGAUGUAUUAUUGCAGUGGGCGGCAAAGAGAAGCUGCCCCAGUGUCAGAAGAAAAUGAAGACAGUGCCCCUCCGAUUUCUAGCUUGUGCCCUUUCCCGCAAUGCACCAAGAGCUUUUCAAAUGCCCGUGCUCUGGAAAUGCACCUGAAUUCUCACAGCGGAGUGAAAAUGGAAGACUGCCUGCCCCCGGGGGCCAGCCUCAAAUGCACCGUGUGUAGCUACACCGCAGAUUCUGUGAUAGGCUUCCACCAACACCUGUUCUCCCAUCUCACUCAAGCCGCCUUCCGGUGCAGCCACUGCCACUUCGGCUUCCAGACUCAGCGCGAGCUGCUGCAGCACCAGGAGCUCCACGUGCCCGGUGGCAAACUGACCAGGGAGAGUGACCUGGAGCACUCGCCAAAUGCCACCGAGGACAGCCUGCAACCCACCCCAGACCUCCUGGCUAGAGGCGAACUCUCGGCUGGGGGCCAAAAGGCCAUGCAGACUAAGGACGCCAGCUCGGACACAGAGCUGGACAAGUGUGAGAAAAAGACGCCCCUCUUUCUCACCAGCCAGAGACCAGACAUCCCUGCGGCCACCACCAAGCAGAGCUUCUCCUACACGAAGAUCAAGUCCGAGCCCUCCAGUCCCCGCCUGGCGUCCUCUCCCGUCCAGCCGAACCUGGGGCCCUCGUUCCCUGUGGGGCCCUUCCUCUCGCAGUUCGCUUUCCCCCAGGACAUCACCAUGGUCCCCCAAGCGUCCGAGAUCUUGGCCAAGAUGAGCGAGCUGGUCCACAGGCGACUGCGGCACGGCAGCAGCAGCUACCCGCCCGUCAUUUACAGCCCGCUCAUGCCCAAGGGGGCCACUUGUUUCGAGUGUAACAUCACGUUCAAUAAUUUGGAUAAUUAUCUAGUGCACAAGAAACAUUACUGCAGCAGCCGAUGGCAGCAGAUGGCCAAGUCUCCCGAGUUCCCCGGCGUGUCGGAGAAGAUGCCAGAGGCCCUGAGCCCCAACACGGGCCAGACCGCCCUGAGCCUCCUCAACCCCGCUGCUCAUGCUGCUGAUGCAGACAAUCCGCUGCUGCCCACCUCCUGCCUCAACUCCUCGGCGGUCCUGGAUCUAAUUGGGCCCAACGGGAAGGGCCACGACAAAGAUUUUGCCGCGCAAGCGAAGAAGCUCUCGGUGUCCAGCAGCAGCAGCGAUGAGAAAAUCAACGGGAAGCCCGUGGACGUGAAGCCCCCCAGCGUGCCCUUGGUGGAUGGGGAGAGCGAUCCCAGUAAGACCACCUGCGAGGCGUGCAACAUCACCUUCAGCCGGCACGAGACAUACAUGGUGCACAAACAGUACUACUGCGCCACCCGCCACGACCCGCCUCUCAAAAGGUCGGCCUCCAGCAAGGUCCCCGCCGUGCAGAGGACCAUGCGCACCCGCAAGAGGAGGAAGAUGUAUGACAUGUGCCUGCCCGAGCAGGAGCAGAGGCCCCCGCUGGUCCAGCAGCGGUUCCUGGACGUGGCCAACCUCAGCAGCCCGUGCACGUCCACCCAAGAGCCGCCGGAAGGGCUGGGCGACUGCUACCACCCGCGGUGUGAGAUCUUCCCCGGAAUCGUCUCCAAGCACUUGGAAACGUCUCUGGGCAUCAACAAGUGCGUGCCGGUGGUCAAGGGGGACGCCGCCCACCCCAGCGUCGCCUGCUUGGAGAUGGACGCGCCCAUCGACCUCAGCAAAAAGUGCUUACCCCAGGCGGAGCGGACGAGCGCGUCCCCCAAACGGCUGCUGGACUACCACGAGUGCACCGUGUGCAAGAUCAGCUUCAACAAGGUGGAGAAUUACCUGGCCCACAAGCAGAAUUUCUGCCCGGUCACGGCGCAUCAGAGGAACGACCUGGCGCCGCCGCCGCCGCCGCCCCCGCCGCCGCCGCUGGACGGCAAAGCCUUCCCCAACCCCGAGAGCGAGCGCGGCAGCCCCGAGGCCAGCUUCGACCGCAGCCUCGUCAAGUGCGAGAAAAACGGGAGCUUGAAGCAGCCGUCCCCCAACGGCAGCGUCUUCUCCGCGCACCUCGCCACCCUGCAGGGCCUGAAGGUCUUCGGCGAGGCGGCCCAGCUCGUCGCCGCGAAGGAAGAGAGCAAACACCUGCUCCUCCCGCAAUGCCUGUACCCCGGAGCCAUCAAGAAGGCCAGGGGCGCCGAGCAGCUCUCUCCCUACUACGGGAUCAAGCCCGGCGAUUACCUUUCGGGCUCCCUGGCCCUCCACAACGCCGAGCUGGAGCCGGGCACCCACGCGGAACACGAGUCCCCCAAAGGCCAGGCCUCCGCCAACGGGUGCGCCGUGCCCAAGAAGGAAUCGCUGCCCCUGCUGCCCAAAAACAGAGGCAUGGUCAUCGUCAACGGGGGGCUGAAGCCCGAAGAGAGACCAGCCGCCGCCCCCCAGCAGGAGAACCUGUCCCAGAACCCCCCGCAGGAAGAGGGCCACAAGUCCCCCUCGUGGGUGGCCGAGAACCCCUUGGCGGCCAACGAGAACGUCUCCCCGGGCAUCGCCUCGGCCGCCGAGGAACAGUUGUCUAGCGUCGCCAAAGGUGUCAAUGGCUCCAGCCAGGCCCCCACCAGUGGCAAGUACUGCCGGCUGUGUGAUAUCCAGUUCAACAACCUUUCAAACUUUAUCACUCACAAGAAGUUUUACUGCUCGUCACAUGCUGCGGAACACGUCAAAUGAAACCAUCACUCGACAUCCGGCCCCCGCCCACCCUCCACCCCCAACACGCCACCCCAACUGCAACCUCCUUUGGUACCAGUGUUUAGUAUGUCGUUCUCCCCAGUCCAGAAGCAAAACAGAAACAAACGCUGUUCGAAUUACAUCUGGGCAAUCAGGAGCUCAUUCGCUGUGGCUGAAUGGAAGACUCUAAGGUGUAAUUUCAUGACAGUCUAUUAGUCAAGUGUAUUAUUGGUGCCAUUUUCCAAAAAGAAAAAUUAAUUUAUUUUACCAGCAGUAUUCAUAGCUGUGGUUAUGUUAUUUUUUAUUUAAAAACUUUAUAUUAAAGUCAUUUGUAAUGUUAUUGUAUAGUUAUUGUGUAGCACAUAUGGUUUGCACUGUAUAGUAGCUUUUAAAGAAACUAGUCACAAACAAUACAGAAAAGCAUUUUAGAAAUAGCUUCAAAAGCACUCGUGUAUCUUGAUUUCUUCUUAUAUGCUGUUGCAGAUAUAUGUAUUAUGCUAAAAUAUAACUUGCAAAGAUGUUCUAAAUACACGUGCUCUAAGUUCGCCUUAAGAUUUCAAUUCUGGGAUAAUCAGGCUCCAUUUGCACGUUAUAUUUUAGCAGAUACAGUCCCGUAGUCACUAGGCUUUGCAUUUGUAUGUAGCCGUAUGUUUGUCCAUUUUCUUAAUCUUAAACAUGUAUGUUAAAUGAAGAUGGCAAUUUUUUUCUUGUAUAGUACUUGUAUUUUCUUUCGCUGAUGCAGCUGUUCCAAUUUUUAAACCUUUGCUGUUAAAUGCAAUACUUUAUAAAGAAUGAACAAAAUUACUGGAAGCAGUAUUGUAAGUAAUGAGGUAGUAUUAAUCAGUUUUAUCUUUUGAAAGGCACAGUCUAAAUCGAAACCCUAAACUCAAUGCUGCAAGUAUGAAUUUAAUUCAUAUUAAGAUCUAUUUAAAUAUAAGAGUAGCAAUACUGCACCUGGUGAUCGCAGAGAUAAUGUUCUACUUCUGAUAGAAAUAAUUUCUCAACAAAUGUUGUUACUAUGCAUGUAUAUGGAUGGAAUAAAAUUCCAGAUUGUUGGAGAA